AGAGGAUUUUAGACUCCACAAUCUGUUCAGCCAAGGUACCUUAGUGGUUUUUCCCAAAUGGUGUACCUGUAUUUUCAAGUCCCAUUUUUAUUUCUUUUUUUUUUUUUUUUUUUUCCCCACAGACUUAAAAUCACAGAACAGAUCGGGUUGGAUUUUAAUUUUAAGGAUACUUUGUUUCUAAGUAAUUGGGAGGUAUUUUAAAUUAAUCCCUAGCUUCAUUAAUGGAAAGGGUUUUUUUAAGAAGACAUGCAGGGAAGUGAUUGGAAUAGAUGAAAGCCCUUUUUUUUAUCAGCUACUACUUAGUGCUUGAAAUUGAUUUUGAGAUAAGAUCUAUUUUAAAGCUAGAAUAAGAUUUUGUAUCAUAUUUUAUUUGCAUUUUUUAUUUAUCAAGUAUUAAAUCAACAAAAUCUUUAGGUUUUACUUGAUUAUGUUUUUAGUUGAUUAUAUUUUUAGUUGCUUACAUUUGAUUAUAUUUAUAUGAAUUUUUGUUACAGUUUUGAGACAGUUAAUUUAUACUUGCUAAAAAUACUUCCAUGACAUUCUGUGCUUUUACUGGGUAAGAAGAAAUGGUUUAUGCAGAUAACAAUGGAACAUUUCUAUAAUUCUCUUGUCAUGGCAUUUCAAAAUCAAUCUAUCAGUGUAAUUAAUCUCAAUUCACAAAAUUCUCUCUGUGGCUCUGUGUUUGGUGCAUGUAGACACGCACAAAUAAAUACCUGUUUACUUGUUGCUAAUAGGAAACGAGGUGAACAGGAAGAGCAGAGCUGGGAGAGUCAGUUAUUAGAACAUCAGGCUGGUGCGGCCUGUUUGCCUCAAUCUCUUUAAAGGCCAAGCAGACGAAGGAAGCAGUUUAGGGAUGAUUAUCUGCAGAGUCCCCGAGGCACUCCCCGCACAGUUUAGGUUAAGAAAAGAUCGUUGCUGGCUCCUCCCAGAUUACCAUCCCCGAUCCGAUUAGCAACAGGAAACACCAGGGGAAUUCAUUCAGCUUCUCUGUAAAACGUGACUGCCCUACAUCAUGUUUCUUGUGGUUCAUACUGCAGCAAUGAAGGGAUCAGCACUCACUCAUUCAUUUUGCAGGGUAACAGGUACUGCAAUGGCUGCAGGAGUUUUGCUGCAAAAUGAGCAACCAUACUCCUCGCUGAUAGAGAGCAGUGUGUAUCUGGCAAAUAUGAGUUCAGGGACCACGAGGCGCCCCACGGCCAAGUACACGAAGGUGGGGGAGCGGCUGCGCCACGUCAUCCCUGGGCACAUGCAGUGCUCCAUGGCCUGCGGUGGCCGUGCCUGCAAAUACGAGAACCCCGCGCGCUGGGCCGAGCACGAGCAGGCAAUCAAGGGGCUCUACUCCUCCUGGAUAACAGAUAACAUCCUGGCUAUGGCUCGACCCUCAACAGAAGUAAUUGAAAAGUACAACAUUAUUGAGCAGUUUGAAAGAUGUGGCAUAAAAACCAUAAUUAACCUUCAGCGUCCUGGGGAGCAUGCGAGCUGUGGGAACCCCCUGGAGCAGGAGAGUGGCUUCACCUACCUUCCUGAAGCCUUUAUGGAGGCUGGCAUUUAUUUUUAUAAUUUUGGAUGGAAGGAUUAUGGAGUGGCAUCUCUCACAACUAUCCUUGACAUGGUAAAGGUGAUGUCUUUCGCCCUGCAGGAGGGGAGGGUGGCUGUUCACUGCCACGCAGGACUUGGGAGGACAGGUGUUUUAAUAGCUUGCUACUUAGUUUUUGCCACCAGAAUGAGUGCUGACCAAGCGAUUCUGUUUGUCAGAGCCAAAAGGCCCAAUUCCAUCCAGACCCGGGGGCAGCUGCUGUGUGUCAGGGAGUUCUCCCAGUUCCUGGUCCCUCUCCGUAAUGUCUUUGCGUGCUGCGAGCCCAAGGCACACGCAGUCACCCUGUCCCAGUACCUGACCCGCCAGAGGCACCUGCUCCAUGGCUUAGAGAGCAGGCACCUCAAGCACGUCCCAAAACUCAUCCACCUGGUGUGUAAGCUGCUGCUGGACCUGGCUGAGAACAGACAGGUGGUAGAAGCAGAGCUGCUGGACAUCCCAGACCUCUCAGCUGAGAUUGAGAAGACCAUGUCCCAGCUGGCAUCCAUGGAGCUCAAGCAGGAACUGGCCAGGCAUGAUAGCGACACAUCAGACUCAUCCCACACCCACUCCUCUGCUCUCGACAGCCAGGACUCACACUUCUCCCUGGGACACGAAAGUGAUGAUUUCUGUAAAAGAAGGAAUGUGGAAUGCCUUCAGCCUCUUACUCAUCUGAAAAGGCGUUUGAGCUACAGUGAGUCAGACCUAAGGAGAACUGAGUUUCUUUUGGAACAGGAUGACACUGCCUGGACAGUGCCUGCUCAGAUCUUAGUGAACAACAAACCCAAGCAGAACAGUGGGGAGGAAUGUUCUGUAAUAGGUGAGGCAAAGCCACAGCUGGAAUUAAACAAAGAAGCAUUAGUGCGUAACACAUGCAUGUUCUCGAGUCAAAGGAGAUUUCAUUUGGAUGGACAAAGGGGUGGCUCCUAUGACAGAAGGAGCUCUAUCAAAGAAGUACAACGCAGCAAGACCUUUUCCUCAGGCCUUGCGUCCAUGCACAAUCCCAAGGAACCUGGAAUGCCAAGGCACAGCUUUGCCAACGAGACUGUUCACUGGAAGGACCACAAGACCAAUAUAUAUGGCAGGAGAGUCUAUCUCUCUGAGGAUUCUGACUCUUCUUCCUCUUCCAAAGUGAGCUUUUCCAUUGGAUAUGAAAGCAAGAGUGGCAGAGAGCUGUCAGAGACAAUUCCACACAUUGUUCUGCAGUCAGAAUUAAGUUUGGAAGCUCGAAGAAUUUUGGCAGCCAAAGCACUUGCAGAUCUAAAUGAAUUUCUGGGAGAGGAUGAAGUGAAGCAGAAGGUAGAAAUGUGGCAGAAAGAACUGAAUUCUCAAGAUGGAGCUUGGGAUAAAAUCUGCACCGAGAGAGAUCCUUUUAUCCUCUGCAGCUUGAUGUGGUCAUGGAUAGAGCAGCUGAAAGAACCUAUUAUAUCCAAAGAUGAUAUUGACAUGCUGGCAAAAAAUUGCACGGAAUCCCAGGAUGCGCUCUACUUGCUGAGAAAGGAGCAGUGUCAGACCAUCGUUUGUAUUUUACAUUGUGUGGUGAACCUGCAAGUGCUGCCAGCUGAUGUGGAGGAGGCCUUACUUGCUCGUGCUAUUAAAGCUUUCACCAAGACAAGCUUCAAUUCUGAGAAUGGGCCAUAUGUUUACAAUACCUUGAAAACUGUAUUUAAACAAACACUGGAAGAAAAAAGGAAAAGGAUUAAAGAGGGAACAGAGAAUCCUUGAUUUCUACACAGCUCUGCCGAAGCAUUAGAUGGGUUUACCAAAUUAUUUUGCAUUUUCCAGCUACUGUAUUUUGUGCUACCUGGCAUGAUCUACCUAACUUUAGGUAAUAGAAGUUAUUAACAAAUAAUUUUAUUUUUUUAGAGGAAGUUUAAGUGGCAGUUGUUCAGUCUACAUAGUUUUAAAGAAUGGCUCCCUGUGACCAUUCUCUGUAGCAUUUUGUUUCAGGUACUGUUCUUUUAUGUUGUCAAGGGUUCUGCUGUUCUCAGCUGUGUUUAUUGAUUUGGAAUCCUCUGUUACUGGCAAGAAACAUUAUUGUCAAGUUACAUGACUGCCGUAAGUUCAGUGCCAUGGUCCCCAAAAGUUUAAUAGAUUAAUAUUUAUGUAUUACAUAUGUUUACAUUAAUGAUCUUUGAUUUCACUUUGCAGAAAAUAAAUAUUGACUGAACCUGUAAAACUGCUUUUCCUUUCAGAAAUUUUAAAGUACGACCAACAGUAAUAAUGACACAGAUUGACACAGAUCUUAACAGAUAAUAAGAUCUGUUAUUGACAGCAGAGAGUAUUUUCCUUCAGAUCUCUUAAAUACUUGUAACCAGAGUAUUCAUAUAACGUGUUCCAGGAGAGAAAUGCACUGUGUUGAGCAGUAGUCAUCAAGCCCUAAUACAGACUUUUUUGGAUGAGAAAGCUUCAAACUGUUUUUAACAGACAAUUGAUUGAAUAAGAGUUAAAUUUUACUUUAUUAGCUAAGCUAUUAUUGCCUUAAGUGAAAAAAGACACUUAUUCAUGAAAUCUUCAUAAGGAUAUGAUUCUGCCUACACUUACAUCCAGCAAAUACUUACAUGAAAAAGUACGAUAUAAUCAUACUAAUAAAAUAUUAAUCAAAACCUUACUAGCUGCAAUACACUUUGCUGAAGCAUUUUUGUCUACUAAAACAGAAAAUGCUGGGCCACCAUCCUAACAAAAUUUUGGAUUCCAGCCUUAGGAUCUGUACUGGGAUGCCAGUUUGCAGAAUGAGUGGUUCAUCUAGUUUGAUAGAUUUAAGCAAUUAAACAAGAAUCUAUCAAUUUCCAAAAUAUUUUUAUUAGUUUCUGUAAAUGACUAACAUUUAGAGUUAAAAACAGACCAGUUUGAAAUACAGAUAAUUUAUAUACACCUCAACUAUUGGAUGAUUUUAUAUCAAAUUAAAAUUAAAACAGAUACUUUGGCAGAAUCAUAUUAAAAUAGGCACACAUGAAAGGAAAAUUUCACAUGUGAAUGACAAACACAAAUCCAGCUUUGCAAAGAGGCAAGGCAACACAACAGGCAGUUCUGUGUUAGCAUUAGCAGUCAGGCUCAAACAAAUCCCAUUUUCUAAUCUAUGGAAUGCCCCUUCUUCAGUGCCUGCUCUGGUGCUCUGCCAUCUCACACACCAGAGUGUGAUUCACAUACUGCAGCCCAGUGUUAGGUUUUUGAACAUUGAAAUGGGUGUGGUCAACAGGAUUGCUGGGGAUCAAUCGCUACAUAAUUAACAAAAUGUGUGCACCAUCCCAGGCUGGACUUAAAGAGGCACAGGAAUUUAGGACGAUGAAGACAAGAUAGCAGAGAACAAUGUAAAAAUUGUCUGAAAAUAAAAGGAGGAAAGGCUAAAGGA